CCGAUGAAUGACACAUUCUAGUGAUUCACGUUAAAACACACAGCAUGUUUACACGGAUAAAUAUGUAGAUUUACAAACGAAAUGUGAAUCUUAGCAUUGGGUCGGGAUAAUAUAUUAUGAAGAAAGAUUAAAAGAGACUCCACACGCCGGGUAUGCGAAUACUUCGUUUACGGAUGGCACUUCACUAACAGAGAACAACAAACGCCACGCGCUAGAGAAAGAUGGUUCGAGACAGGCUGGCUGAACUGCAGUCCCGAAGCACCGAAGAUGGUGAAUCGAGGACGAGCAAAAAGGAGAAAAAUGGAACACCCCUGUUGAGCUCAGAGCAACAGCUCACUGAGUGUCUUGAUCGCGUGACACUCAUAGACAACAAAAUACGCAAAAUGAGAGACGAUGUUGAGGAAAUGAGUAAAUUGCAGAGAAAUAUUGUUUCAAACCCUCUUAUAGAUAAAAGUGAGGUGAAGCGGCUUGAUCAAACGUCCGACAGGGUAUUCAACACUUCAACACAGAUUCAAAAGGAAAUUAAUAGUUACAGACAGGAAGUGAAAGAUCUGUAUUUGGACCCAAACCAUGAACGCGUGGUAAAAACACACCUGGACAGGUUAAACAAGGAUGUUACGAGGACAAUGAAUGAUUUCCGUGGGGCACAAGUAGACUACAUUGAAAAAUCGCAGAAAAUCCACCACAAAAAGGUGGAAAUAGUUGGCGGCGAGGCAAGUACAUCAGAAGCUGUAGACCCUAGUCAGGUCCAAACGUCAGUUUUCGGUGCCGAUUUUCUGAUGGAGGCGCAGAAAGCGAAAAUGGAAUUACGCGAGAUUGAACAACGAGAUGCUGAAAUCAAGAAAAUUGAGAACAGUGUCAUCAUGGUGAAUGCUCUUUUCAAAGAGAUCAAUGCUCUCAUCAUGGAGCAAGGGGAGACCCUAGAUACCAUUGAGAAGCACGUUUUGGAGACCAAUGUUGCAGUAGAGUCUGCAGGAGUACAGCUUCACGAGGCUAGGACGUACCAAGAAAAGGCACGGAGGAAAAAAAUCUGCUGCAUUGGAAUUUUGGUUGCAGUGCUUGUCAUAGCGGGCAUCAUUAUUGCCAUUGUAAUUGUUACUAACAAGAAAGAUGAAAAAUCCACUUAAACUGCUUUCUGAUUGUCCCCCCAUAUUUUUGGCAAUAGGCAAUCUUUUAUGUUUUGACAACAUCAGCAGUCCAGAGAUGAUGAAAUCAUAUGGCCAAGUUAUCAGAGUAGUCCAUUUUGGGGUCUGGACAACUUUUUAUUUAAUCAGCAUGUCCAUGGACAAACACUUUAAUAAAGCAAUACUCCCCUUAAAAUUAUUCAUUAAAAGAUUGAUUUCAAUGUCACAAACCCUGGCUGUAUUGACACAAUUUUACAAGUUAUUUAAAUAUGCUUUAAACGCCAUUAAUUUUUUUUCCUGAUUAUGCUUAUUCAUUUAUGCUCUGUUUAAGAUGCUCCAAUUGUUCUGGUACAAAAUUGAUUAACAUAGAUCAGUGCUCCAGUAAGGCAAAUUGGAAGGGUGACCUGUCCCUCCGAAGCCCCUUCCUGCCCUUCCGAGGUGCCGCCCUGCCUUUUUAUUCAUUAAAAAAAAUAAAAUAAAAUUGACAUGGUAAUUUAUAAAUUGUUUAUUACAUUGUGCUUAGUUUAUUCCUCAUUGUAGACAAUUAAUUUGCAUGGUUUAAUUAUAAUGGGAAUAAUAUGUUCUAACAAUAAUAAAUAACAUAAAUAUUCAUAUGCAACAGGGAGCAUUCCAGAUACUCCCGCGCGCUCCAAAGUGCCCUUUUGACAAAAUACUGCGUGUCGAAAGUGCCCUUUUGACGAAAUAGCCUCCCCUGCCCUUUUCUAAUCCUAGCUGGAGCAUUGGAUAUAAGUGUCAAAAUGGUUAACAUAUUUAUGGUUAGAUCUAACCUGCUAUUUGGAUGUAAAUAUGAGUCAUGUUCUGAGAAAACUAGGGUUAAUGCAUGUGCGUAAAGUGUCGUCCCAGAUUAGCCUGUGCAGUCCGCACAGGCUAAUCAGGGACGACACUUUCCGCUUUUAUGGUAUUUUUAGUUUCAAGGAAGUCCCUCCUUACCGAAAAUCAAGUUUUGGCGGAAAGUAUCGUCUCUGAUUAGCCUGUGCGGACUGCACAGGCUAAUCUGUGAUGACACUUUACGCACAUGCAGUAAGUCCAGUUUUCUCAGAACGCGUCUCAUAUGUUCAGCUGGUUAGCUUGUGCAAUUAAUUUUAUACCAGUAAGCUUCUGUAAUGUCAAUAAAAAUUGUAUAGAACAAAAGCUAUAAAAACAUGAACAAAUAAAAUUUUGUAACAGUAACAUAUUAUUUUACCUUUUUGAUAUUGAGCAACUUUAAAAAAAACUGAUAUUAUAUGAACAUAAUUUUACAUCUAGCAUUGUACAAUAAGUUAUUAGUAAAAAUUUAAAUCAAUAUCAAAUGCACACUGUUAUAUACAUGUACAUGUAGUAUAGUGUGAGGUACUGUCAAAUGGAUUUACCAUAUCCACAAGUGUUCUUUUAUAUUUAGUUGUCAAUUGGCAAGUAAGAUUUAGUCAGAUUUUUCCAGCCCAGCAAUCUAACUUAAACAUAGUCAUUAAUUUCAUUUGCUUGUUCUUUUUCACAAUACAUGUUCAAUUUAAUAUCAAACGCGCAGAAAAUGACUGUAUGAAAUAAGUAUGUCACUGUAUACUGAAUAUUUCUGUUUCAAUGUACGCAUGCGCGUCAAAAAUAACUUUAAAUCCAAGUCAUGUCAAAUUGAUAUUAUUACAUUGUUUUCACAUUCAUAGUCGAGUUGCUUUCUGGAAAAACCUGUCUUAAUGCGCCAUGUGCCCAAAGUAUCGUCCAGAGCAACCUGUGCAGUCCACACACAGAAACGACACUUUCCACUUAAAUGAUUUUUUUCCUCUAAAGCAUGUCUCUUAAACAAAAUCUAGUCUAGGAAGACAUUCUUGUCCUAGAUAAGUCCGUGCUGUCUGCACAAAUUAAUUUGGGGCAAUACUUUAUGCACAUGUAUGCAGACCUGUUUUGCCAGAGACUGGCUGAAUUGAAUUAAGUGCAAAUACUUCAAACAUUCCAUUUCACAGUUUUUAUUAACUUUUUGAAUUUUGCAAAUGUUAUUUAAAUGUAAUGAAAAUAAAGGUAAAUAAACGUGUAACUAUG